UAGAACCCUACAAAACUCGCAGUGCGUCUGUCUCGUCUGUCGCCGAAACCCUCCCUUCUCUUCCCUCUCCCGCCGCCGCCGCCGCCGCCGCCCGCCGGCGUCGAGCACGGAAGAGCGCUCUCCCUCUUACUACGGGAAGAUGGGGAAGGCGGCGUACAUGAAGCUUAAAGGGAGCUUCCAUUUCCGGCAGCGGCUCCUCCUCGCGACGCUGUCGACCAAAGCAAUUCUCAUCGAAGACAUCCGCUCAGAUGAAACUUCUCCAGGGCUUCGGUCCCACGAGGUCUCCCUGCUCCGCCUUAUUGAGAAGAUCUCCGACGACUGCUCCGUCGAAAUCAACGAGACAGGAACGAAACUGAGAUAUAAGCCGGGAGUUUUGGUCGGAGGCAAGUAUUUGGUACAUGACUGCGGUCUUAGUCGUUCCAUCGGCUACUUCCUUGAGCCGCUGAUCUUGCUGGGCUUGUUUGGGAAGAAGGCCCUGUCUAUUACUCUUAAAGGAAUUACAAAUGAUUCUAAAGAUCCUUCUGUUGAUACCUUCCGUACAACAACACUACAUAUGCUCAAGCGAUUUGGUGUUUCAUUAGAAGGUUUGGAGUUGAAAAUUGUGAAUCGGGGAGCUCCUCCCCUUGGCGGCGGUGAGAUUAUUCUUGGAGUUCCAAUUGUCCCAACCGGCUUAACUGCAACCCAUUGGGUUGAUGAAGGAAUGGUCAAGAGCAUUAGAGGGGUGACAUUCUCAACACGAGUAUCUCCUCAAAUAGGGAGUCGAAUGAUAUAUGCAGCUCGUGGAAUUUUCAACCGCUUCAUACCUGAUGUUCAUAUUUUUACAGACCAUAGGUCAGGACCAUCUGGUGGAAGAUCGCCAGGCUAUGGUGUAUCAUUAGUUGCAGAGACUACUACUGGCUGCUUGAUUUCCACAGAUAUUGCAAUCAGCCAUCCUAAACCCGAAGACAUGGAUACCAUGGAGGAUUCCUAUGAGAAACCAGAGAUGUUACCUCCUGAGGAUGUUGGCGUUCAAGUUGCUUCAAUCUUACUCGGGGAGAUAGAGCAGGGGGGCGUAGUCGAUUCCACACACCAGGGCCUUGUCUUUCUCCUCUGCGCUCUCUGCCCUCCAGACGUAUCCAAAGUUCGCGUGGGGAAGUUAACACCAUACGGUAUUGAAACACUUCGCAACAUCAGAGAUUUUCUUGAUGUCAAAUUUGUUAUAAAACCAGAUCCAACUACAAAUACCGUGAUUCUGAAAUGCGUCGGGUGUGGGAUGAAGAACCUAUCAAGAAAAGUAGCAUGAGCUAUUAGUUUUUGCAUUUUGAAUUCACCAAUAUUUCAACGUGUAUUGUAACUAGCCUCCUAACGACUGUCUAAUGAGCUUUACAACGUACUGUCAUUAGAUUUCUUGA